GAACCCCCGGAGUCAAACGCGGCGGCGACGGGGAUGACAGGCCCACGCGUCGCCAGACGACAAAUCCCCGGUGAUACUUUAAGCGAAAGGGAAGCAAAUGGACGCCCCCUCGUGCGCGGUCUCGUCGACUCUCAAGACUUCCUCGAGCUCAUCACUUCGCAUUCGCGCAUAUCGCUCUGUUAAUUCCUCGUCCUACAAUCUCGAUCACGGUCUCUCACCAUGCGCCACCUUCUCCUCCUCCUCUUACUCUGCUUCGCCGCCUCCGGCGAGGCAGCUCCAGCAGAGGAGCUACAACUCCUCCUCCAGCUCAAAGCGUCCUUCGAGACCGCAAAUACGACCGCCUUCCAAUCAUGGACCGCAAACAACUCAUUUUGCGGCGGUUUCGCCGGUGUCAAGUGUGAUUCCGGUGGCUCUGUUUCAGAAAUCGAUCUCACCGCCACCGGCAUCUCAGGUGCAAUCCGCUUUGAUAUUAUCUGUCGGUUUUCUUCCCUCACUGAGCUCUCCCUGGGGUCUAAUUACCUCUUCGGUGACAUCUCCGAUGACCUCCACAACUGCACCGGCCUUCGCCGUCUCGACCUCGCCUCCAACUCCCUCGGCGGAGUAAUCCCUGACCUGUCGCCUCUUGGCAAGCUACAAAUCCUCAACUUGACGAGCAAUUACUUCACCGGCGCCUUCCCGUGGAGCUCCCUCGCCGGACUGACUGCGAUGGAGGUGCUCAACGUCGGGGAUAACUCCUUCGAUCCCGAUCCUUUCCCCGAUGUGGUGACGAAUUUGACAGAGCUCAAUUGGAUUUACCUCUCCAACUGCAAUAUCCAUGGACAAAUUCCGCCGGCAAUCGGCAACCUGACAAAACUCAUCAACCUUGAGAUAUCCGACAGCUUUCUCACCGGAGUGAUUCCCCAAGAAAUCUCCAAGCUCUCCGAUCUGUGGCAGCUCGAGCUUUACAACAAUUCGCUCACCGGGCGUAUCCCGACCGGGUUUGCUAAUCUUUCAAAAUUGGCCUUCUUCGAUGCAUCCAUGAACAAUAUAGAAGGCGACCUAUCGGAGCUCCGGAGCUUGACGAACCUCGUUUCGUUACAGCUGUUCAAAAACAACCUUUACGGCGAAGUGCCGCCGGAAUUUGGGGAUUUCCGAUUCCUCACCAACCUCUCGUUGUACUCAAAUAGGUUCAGCGGAAAGUUGCCGGCGAAACUCGGAAGUUGGACGGAAUUCAACUACAUCGACGUGUCGACUAACUUCUUUACGGGGCCGAUCCCGCCGGAUAUGUGCCGGAAGGGUACCAUGAAAAAGCUUCUGAUGCUGGAGAACAAGUUCACCGGGGAGAUCCCCGCGAACUACGCCAAUUGCUCUUCGUUACUUCGGUUCAGGGUCAGCAAUAACUCUCUCUCCGGCGAGGUUCCUUCUGGUCUCUGGAGCUUGCCAAACUUGAACAUUAUUGAUCUUGCCAUCAACCGAUUCGAAGGUUCCAUUGGCGCUGGGAUCGGGGCAGCCAAGUCUUUGAACCAGCUCUUUAUUUCCGAUAACCGGUUCUCCGGUCAGAUUCCGCGGGAGAUUGGAGGCGCGGCAGGUAUUGUCGGCAUAGAGAUGUAUAACAACCAUUUCUCAGGUGAGAUCCCGGCGAGCAUCGGACGUCUACAAAACCUCGUGAGCCUUUAUCUGCAGAGCAACGACUUCUCCGGCGAGAUCCCGGAAGAGAUCGGUUCGUGCGUCGCUUUAAGCGCCAUGAACCUAGCGGAGAACCUGCUCUCCGGUUCCAUCCCGGCAAGCCUCGGCCAGCUGACGAGGCUCAACUCGCUAGAUUUGUCGGAUAACAAGCUUUCCGGUGAGAUCCCGGCGAGCUUCCCCGCACUGAAGCUCUCCUCCCUCGAUCUCUCCAACAACCGCCUCACCGGAGCCAUACCGUCGGGGCUUGCCAUUUCGGCCUACAAUGGUAGCUUCGCCGGGAACCCUGGCCUCUGCGUCGAUGGCAGCGACGCCGACAAACUUAGCUCCGUCAAACGAUGCCUUGUCUUCAACAGGGGUUCUACCUUCGAGUUGCGCACCUUCCUCACAUGCAUUCUCGCCGGCAUAGCAGUCUUCCUCGCUGGUCUCGGUCUUUACAUCCUGCUAAAGAAGCGCCGCGACGACUCAAGCGGGGCCGACGACAGGGCCUUCGCAAAAGAUCCGUCAUGGAACAUGAAGUCGUUCCGGAUCGUGACGUUCGACGACCAGGAGAUCGUGGAAGGAAUCAAACCGGAAAAUCUCAUCGGAAAGGGCGGCUCCGGUGAGGUGUAUCAGGUGCAUCUCGCGAACGGAGAAAUGGUGGCGGUGAAGCAGAUAUGGCGCAAUUCGGCGGAGGGAACCAAGGAAUGGAGCACUGCGGCGAUGCUGGCAGCGGCGCAGAGGCGUCCGCGGAAGCGGCUGGCCACGAGGCAGUUCGAAGCAGAGGUGGGAACAUUGAGCACCGUGCGCCACGUCAACGUGGUGAAACUCUACUGCAGCAUCGCGAGCGAGGAGUGGUGCCUACUGGUAUACGAGCACCUUCCCAACGGCAGCCUAUGGGAUAAGCUUCACGGUCCGGCGGAGGCGCCUCCGCCUGGAAAGGCGGUGGAGUUGAGUUGGGAAGUGAGGUAUCAAGUGGCGCUAGGGGCGGCGAGAGGUCUCGAGUACCUGCACCACGGCGGUGAACGCCCCAUCCUUCACCGGGACGUCAAGUCCAGCAACAUCCUCCUCGAUGAAUGCCUCAAGCCUCGUAUAGCUGACUUCGGCCUCGCCAAGAUCCUGCAUUCCACCAGCGCCGCCGCAGCCGGAGGCGGUGCACGGGAAGCUUCUUCCGCCCCUGUCAUCGCCGGCACCCACGGCUACAUCGCUCCAGAGUACGCGUACACAUGGAAGGUGAACGAGAAGAGCGACGUGUACAGCUUCGGGGUGGUGCUGUUGGAGUUGGUGACCGGACGGCGGCCGAUCGAGGCGGAGUACGGCGAGAGCAAAGACAUCGUGCACUGGGUGUCGCAGCAGAUGCGCAGCUGGGAGAGCGUGAUGGCGGUGGUGGACGGCAGAAUAGGGCCGGAGUGGGCCAAGGAAGAGGCGGUCAGGGUCCUGCGGGUGGCGCUGCUGUGCACGAUGAGUCUGCCGGCGCUGCGGCCGUCGAUGAGGACGGUGGUGCAGAUGCUGGAGGAGGUUGUGAACGGUGGAGCUGUGAAACAUGUAAACAAGAAGUUGACUGCGUAAGGUUUAUGGUGUACGAUGGAAUAAGUAAAUCGGCGAAGUGUAAAAUGUGACGACGGCAAGAACACCAGAUGGUUUCCAUAUCCAUCACUGUUUUAGGGGUCAAAUAAAGUCAAAGUUAAACCGCUA